AUGGCUAAAAUGAAGACGGCGGAAAAGUCUGUGGCGGGCGAAACCGUCAAUCUGGAUCUACAACCGAUCCGGACAGCUAACACAGCGCCGGAAUCAAUACGCGAUGGAGAUACAGGGAUGGCCUACGUUGACUCGGAAGCAACCCAUUUCAAGAAGGAGAUGGGUUGGCUUUCAAUCGUAGCCGUAUCUUUCGACAGUAUGGCAACCUGGAAUACCUUUCCAUCAACGCUGCUAGUAUCUUUCGUCUAUGGUGGACCUGCUGCUACUGUUUGGGGCAUAAUCCUCGUUGGGAUCAUAUAUAUACCUAUUGCCUUGACCCUCUGUGAACUGGUAUCGGCGUAUCCCAGUAUUGGUGGGCAGUACCACUGGUCUAGUAUCUUGGCACCUCCCAAAUAUCGACGCGGUAUCAGCUAUAUAUGUGGAAGCAUCAGCUGGUUUUCAUGGAUAUCUCUCACGGCUGCAGGGGCUGGAGCCCUUGGUAAUUUUGCAAUUGCCUUGAUCUCGUGGAAGAACCCAGAAUACGAGGUGAAGAACUGGCACGUCUUUCUAUUCUACCAGUGUAGCAACAUUCUUAGCUUUGUUGUCAAUGUAUGGGGAAAGGCUUUUCUAACCAAAAUCUACAAAGCAAGUUUUAUCUUUAGUAUAUUCGCCUGUUUCACGAUCUUCAUUGCAGUGUUAGUAGGGCAAAAAGAUAAACAAUCAAGCAGCUUUGUCUGGACUACCCUCAUCAACAAUACCGGAUGGCCUGAUGGACUUGCAUUUCUGAUUACGCUCAGUGGGCCAACCGUCAUGUACUGCCCCAUCGACGGCGUCGUUCAUCUUGUGGAAGAUACCAAGCGACCUCGAACCGUCAUUCCAAAGGCAAUUCUAACCAGCUUGGCCAUAUCUUUCGUCUGUGCAACAGCGUUUGGAGUUGGUACGACUUACUGCAUUUCCGACUUUGAAGCUGCACUUACGUCUCGCACUGGGUUCCCAGCUUUUGAGAUGUGGAGACAGGCUAUGAACUCGGAUGCUUGGGCCUUGGCCUUCUUGUCGUUCCUUCUCAUCAUGGUCCCAGCAAGCACAUUGACCACGACUCAGAUCGUAUCCAGAAUGACCUGGAGUUUUGCCAACGACAAGGCUUUGAUAUUUUCAGAUCAUCUGAGCAGGGUCACUGCUAAAAACAAAGUCCCCCUCGGAGCUCUAUGUUUCAAUGCAUUCUUGGUUUUCUUAAUUGGCUGUCUUUACUUGAUUUCUUCAAGUGCAUUUAUCGCCAUUUUAAACAUCUCCGUGGUAUUCCAGCAGAUAACUCUUGCUUUUCCGUCCGCACUACUAUUAUAUCGUCGACGGGAUUCUCGCUACUUGCCACCCGACGCCCCAUUCAAGAUUCCCAAUGUUAUUGGGUGGGCGUCCAACAUUAUUUCUGUGGCAUAUGCCGUUGUGGCUCUCAUCGUCUUCCAAUUUCCCUGGGCGGCCACAGUAGAGUUUUCUACCACAAUGAGUGAGUUUUGA